AUGUGGAGAGUGACAACAUUUCUGCUGGGGGUUUUCCUUUUGAAAGUUGUUGCUGGAGAGCAAUGUCGGGCUUUUGGGGGGCUCACCACAUUCAACUGCCCAAGGCCGUUGAUUGACGACAAUGACGACAUCUACUGCUGUGAUAAUGACUGUUGUGACGACUGUUGGGAGUCUGAUGUCGACACCUCGGCUUGUACCGGCCACUGGGGCAAUGUCGCCGGCAAGGCGCUGCAACUCGGCAUCGGUGCCAUAAUCGGCAUCGCGGUGGCCGUUAUAGUCGGUAUAGUCAUCAUCAUCGUGGCCUGUGUGUGCUGCUGCAUCUACAUGAGCAAGCAGCAAAGUCGCCCGAGAGCACAAGGUCAGCAGAUGGUCCCAGUGGCUCAUCCGGCCGGGCAGUACCCCCCUCCAGGUGGUCAGUACCCCCCUGCAGGUGGACAGUACCCCCCUCCUGCAUACCCCCAGACUGCGGGCCCGUACCCUCCACUGUCAGAUCCAGCCUAUCCACAGGACGGGGGAUACGCGGCGGCCAAGAUAUAG